GAACGACACAGAGUUCUCUCCCAUACUCUAUUUUCUCGCAUUUUCUCGACGAUUUUCCUUCCAUCCAAACACUCUCAAUCCCUUCGCAGCCGCUUGCGGUUUAUCUUCGGAUCCUCACAAGAGAAUCUCUUCGGCUUCCAAGCGAUCUCUCCCUCCUCCUUCCUCCCUGUCAAAUCCUUCAAAGUUUCUUGUAAGUUUUUGUCCGGAUAGAUGCCAGUUGCAAAACUCCCGGCCUCUGGCACAACCGAUUUCAGGAAAACAGACGAUGGAAAUGAUUCUUUAGAUACAAUAAUUAGACAAGCAAUUGGAAAAGAACCUUUGCUUUCCUUUCCUAGGGCCGGUGUCAGCCCAGUACAGUGGAUUCAAUUACUUAAUGCUUUAGAUCAGCAAGGGUUGCCUUUGCUCUCUCCUGUGAAGGUUCAUUUACAGAAGUGCAACAAGUGUUCUCGAGAAUUUUGCUCUCCCAUUAACUACAGAAGACAUAUACGCAUACAGCAUCGAUUGAAAAAGCUUGAUAAGGAUUCUGAUAAAAAUAGGGAUCUUUUAGGGGCAUAUUGGGAUAAGCUCUCCGUAGAAGAGGCAAAGGAAGUUGUGUCAUUCAAGAAUGUGAUGCUGGAGGAAGUUCCAGGGUCUUCAAUUUUAGAAGCUUUGACAACUCUUAGGAAACAAGGAUUUUCCUCUCUUCCACAAUAUUAUCUGAGGGCUGGUUCUGCCCUUUUGAAUAUUGUUCAAUCCAGGCCUUCUAGUUUUCCUAAAUCUUCCCAAGAGUUAUUCAGUAUCUUAGAUGAUUCUAGUGAAAAAACAUUUUUGGUUGGAUCAGCAGUAUCAAUGCAAAGAUAUGUUUUUGAUGGAGAGGCUGGAAAGAUUGGUCUUGAACCAAAAAACCUAGUUGCUUGCACAAGUUUUUUGCUAGAGCAGAAUCUGGUGAAGGCCUGGCUUGCUGACAAGGAUGCUGAAGCAUUGAGAUGCCAGAAGCUGCUGGUGGAGGAAGAGGAAGCUGCUCAGAAAAGAAAAUAUGAGAUUUUAGAGAGGAAACACCAGAAAAAGCUUAGACAGAAAGAACACAAGGCAAGGGAACGACUCGAAGAUGACACAGAAAUUAAAGAGAACAUACGCAGCACAGGAGAGGAUGUUUCACCAACUGAAGCAUCUUCUGGUACAUGUGACUUUGAAGCACAUAAUCCAGAUAUAUUUGCGGAUAAUUCUACUCCUCCACAUGUAACUUCUCGCUGCCUAGACAAUGAUGAAGUUAUAGAAGGGGUUACACUGUCAGGGUAUGAUUUUGACACUGAUCAGUAUAUAGAACGACAGACAUCACGAGGACAUAAUCACCGGCGCAUAAUGGCUACCAGAUGGCAAGGGCUGCCAAAAUCUCAAUGGGCCAUAGCCAAUGGUUCGCAUCCAGGCCAUAAUUCUCAAAUGUCAAAGCUUGGAGUCAUUCAAAAACAUGGAACCAACUGUGAUCAAAGGGUAGCUCCUAUAGUUAAUGGUAGUAAGUUUUGGAGCCGAAAACCUAAACCAGAAACUAAUGGUGUGGUUUUAAAGGCCAAACUGCAGAAAGAACCAGACAAAUGUAAGAAUCAUGAAGUUUUGAUAGGAUCUGUAUCAGUUUGUCUGGGAAAUUGCAGCCAUUCAGAAGGGAAUUUGGUGGCACCCCAGCGGGACAGCUUGGUAGAUAAUCUAGCCAAGCAGAAUACUGCUCAGGAGAAGCCAGUGAAACAUGAUUCCUCUCAGGGAAGUAACGGUCGGUUAACAGUUAAACUUUGGAGGCCGGUUAGCCAGCAUGGAACUAAAGAUCUAUUGCCACUUCAAAAUGGUGGUACAGAAGCUGAUGUAAUUAAUGGAAAAUAUGACCUAAAUUUGUCAGGUCAAUGUAGUUUGAGGUUGUGUAGUAUAGAUGGUAGUGAUAUUGGUUUUGGGGACAAUUUUUCCCACACUGGAGAUUCAGAAAGCUUACGUCUAUCCAGCCAUGCUGCAAAAGCCUUUCUUGUACAAAGAUGGAAAGAAGCUAUCUCAUCAAACCAUGUGAAGUUGUUUGUUACACCUGAUUGUCAAUCUACUAAUGCGGACAGAUGUAGCAUUAUUGCAAAUUCAGAGAACCGAUUGCCUGCAACCUCUGGAGUUGCCAAAUCCAAACCCAAAACGAAGCUUGAGAAGGGAAUGAAGAUAAAGUACAUUCCCAAACAAAAAGCAACAACCUAGUAAGAAGAAUCAAAGAAGAAAUCGGGUUAUUUAAUUAUGACAGAUAUGCAUAAUUUGACUUCUCGCCAAUUAAUUUUACUAACAGAGGUUCCAGUUUUAUCGAUGGUCUUUCUGUCAGAAAAUUGGAGGUAGGGUUUUGCGGGAAAGUCUUUUUAUAUUCCGUCCUUUUCCUUCAAAUGAUGGCAUAGGGGAUUGUGCAUUAAGUUUAUUUUUUUCUUGUGACAUUUUUACCAAAAUUUUUGUGUAAUAAAUUUGUCUAGUUAUUAUAAAAUGGCAUUUAAUAGUA